AUGUUCGAGCCAAUUCCACCCAGCGCCAUGGAUCCGAAGCAGAAUGAACCGGAGGCGUCCAGGACGCAGAAUGAGUCUGAACUUGAGACGGAUAACAAGGCGACCAGUAUUCAAGUUCAAUCAGAAGAUGUCAAGCCAACGCCCAUCCAGACCGACUUGAAUCAAUCAUCUCCCGCCCCCGCGACUGCUCCGCGCCCAAAUGGAGAAGCGCUCACACCAUCACGGUAUAAUCCUCAAUUUUCCGCGACGACACAAAUGAUUCUUAGUCGUCUGAAAAAGGGCAAUGGCGGAAGUACCUCGCCGUCGCCUGGUUUCUCAACGGCCCAGCUGCCCUCGCCGGCCAAGGCCACCUACGAAGAUGUCAAGCGCAGACUGGUAGAGAAGCUGAGCACAACAAUGACGCUUCCCAUGCCUACACCUUCACCUACACCUGCAGCAGCCGUCCGCACCCUCGGUCACACGUCCUCAGCAAUGUCACCUACCGUCGGGACCAAGAGGAAGAGACACCCGGAAGAGCAGGAUGUCAGUCCACUAACACGCUCCCUACCACCAACUGAGUCGCCAAUAGUCACGCGGCCUGCUCCCAAGCAACCAGCCAAGAGGAGACGUGUCAAAGACGAGUCCAUGUGCGUCAAGUGUCAACGCACCUCUUUCACGGACGCCAACGUCAUCGUCGCCUGCGGCUGUGGCGAGGCAUGGCAUCAGCUUUGCCAUGAACCCGAAAUUUCUGAAGAUGUUGCUCGUAUUCGCGCUUCCUUCAAAUGCAAUACUUGCAUUCAAGAAGAUAAAGAGCAAGCUAGAUACCAAAUCGAGCUCACCAAAUACCGUGAGGCAAAGCAGGAGCAGGCGGACCUGAGGAGGCAGCAGCACGAGGUAGCUAAGAUGCGGGAAAAGAGGCUUGCUAAUCUGCCGUCGUUCAUAAAGCCUGAAUUGGUGGGCUUUGAGGCUGGCGAUGCCACUACAGAUAUGAGAAUGGACUACUUUGAGGGACUUAGGAGGACGGAUUUGAUUAAUCUGUUGUCAUUUAGUGACCAAAUCAAACCCGGCCUCCUCGUGGACAUUCUUGUCUCGGUUUCUAAAAAGCAUCCGGAUCUCCCCAUCUUCAACUCCCCAUACUGGGCCCAACCGAAAGGGCAACCUACCAGUCCCCAGGGAGAUUCCUUUACGAAGGGCACUGAAAGUCAUCUCUCAGCCCCGAAAGCGUCUAAGCAGCGCUCAAAGACAGGCGGCGUGCGCAAGAUCCUCAAGACUGCCCCGGCCGAGGUCGUCGACGCAGCAGCUGAUGAUGAAGACGACCUUCUCCCUCCAUCGUGGUCAAAGGCGGGGCAGGGUCUCUAUGCGAAGCUUCCUCCCGAGAAGGAGGACACGCACUUCCUCGUCGAUGAUAACGAUGAAGAAGCCUUUAGCCAUUUCUUGGUUGACAGGUCCGGGAAGCAGAUUAUGGAGCCGAUCAAGGGAUAG